UGAAAACAAGGAAAUAAAAAAAAAAGAGCGAGAGUUGUCAAAGAAAACAGGAAGAGGAGCAUUCAGAGCUUCAGACGCCUGCAGAGAAGAUGGAGAUGAAGAUGAGCUGGGUGUGUUUGGUGCUGGGGCUGGUCCUGCUGAUGACCAUCUCCUCAGAUGCUACCAAUUUUCUUGGUCAUCCUGAUAUCUGCUGUUUCAGCUUCGUCACUUUUAAAAUUCCAGACAAAGAAAUACUAGAAGUUGUAAAAACACAUUCCAGCUGCCCAAGGAAAGGCUAUGUGAUUACAACUCCGAGGGGCAGAUACUGCAAGAAGAACCUGCAGUAAAUCUAGAUCUCAGAGCUGCAGCUUCAACACAGCCCAGACGCAGCAAACAGAGCAGCUAAAAGCUUCACACUCCCCUUUAAUCAUCACUGGAUUUUAUCAGUCAGCACUUUGCUUUUCCAGUAUUAUCAGUGAUGGUUUAACUCUGUGGAAAUAAAACAGUGUAUGAUAAAAAUCUCUGUAGAGAAAAAAAACAUCAUAAAUACAAAUCAGAUUUCAGAUUUCAGAAUGUACUGAUUCUUUUUCAUUGUCAUUAAUGCUUAUUUUAUGCUGUGCAUUCAAAUAAAACAUACACUGCAAACAUU